ACAGAACACUUGCAUUGCUCUAAACAACGUCUCUCUUGCCUCAGAUCUCUAGAAUGUCGAGCGUUAACUUGGUAGUGAUGGUGGUUGGGCUGCUGGUUUUGGCUCAGCAGUCCUUCCAGAUGAGUUUGACAAACCCUGUUGCUGAGACAAACAAUUGCAAAAUUGAUUUCACUCGUUUAGGGCUUGUCUUAACUUCUGAUACCAACGAGAAGGCCCUACAAGACUCUGGUCUCUUCACACCUGAUGCUGAAACGCCUUAUGUUGACAUUGCGGGGAGAAGGUUCCACAUUGGGACACUUAAUGCUCGUUAUAUUGUAUAUGUUAAGAUCGGGGGAAAUUCUGUAAAUGCUGCCAUUGCUGUGCAAAUCCUCUUGAAUAGAUUCCGUGUUCACGGAAUUAUUCACUUUGGUAGUGCUGGGAGCCUUGAUAAAACAAGUAUAGUGCCAGGUGAUGUUUCCGUGCCGCUUGCUGUUGCUUUCACAGGAGCUUGGGAUUGGAAGAAAUUCGGGUCAACGGAAGGGAAGCUAAUCUUUGGCGAGUUUAAUUAUCCAGUGAACGGAGAGAACUUGUUGGCUAGUAUAGACUAUGAUACAAUAAAAUUGUUCUCUGUAGGACAAUCACCGCAGGAUGUUUUCUGGUUUCCCAGCACCACAUCCUGGUAUAGUGCUGCCACUCAAGUGCUUCAGGAUUUGGAGUUGAGCCAAUGCUACGAUGAAGUUUGCCUACCUUCCAAGCCUAAGAUUGUGUUUGGAACUAAGGGCUCCAGUUCUGAUUCUUACAUUAAAAAUAAAGCAUAUGGAGAUUUCCUUCACAAAGCUUUUAACGUCUCAACUGCCGAUCAAGAAAGCGCUGCUGUAGCCUGGACAUCUUUAUCAAAUGAAAAGCCUUUCAUCGUGAUACGAGGUGCUUCCAAUGUAGCAGGUGAAGCAAGUUCAGGAUCGCAAAUUAGCUACUUGGCCUCCUACAAUGCUUUCCUUGCCGCAGCCAAGAUCAUUGAGUCAAUUCCCACGCCACGUCUGGCUUGUGAGUGAUGAGAUUAUGUAUCUGCUUCUGGGUCGUUUGAGUGCUAUGAAAGAGAUUGAUGACCGAUUGCACUCAAAUGAACUGAACUGUGUUUGGCCUACUAAAUUAAAUAAACUCCAAUAAAAAUGCUAUGAACUUUCUCCAUUA